AUGCCACGUGCUCCAAGAACUUACUCCAAGACUUACUCCGUCCCAAAGAGACCAUAUGAAUCAGCUCGUUUAGACGCUGAAUUGAAAUUGGCCGGUGAAUACGGUUUAAAAAACAAGAGAGAAAUCUACAGAAUUGGUUUCCAAUUGUCUAAAAUCAGAAGAGCUGCUCGUGAUUUGUUAACCAGAGAUGAAAAAGACCCAAAAAGAUUAUUCGAAGGUAAUGCUUUGAUCAGAAGAUUAGUCAGAAUCGGUGUCUUGUCUGAAGACAAAAUGAAAUUGGAUUAUGUCUUGGCUUUGAAACCAGAAGAUUUCUUGGAAAGAAGAUUACAAACCCAAGUUUUCAAAUUAGGUUUAGCUAGAUCUAUCCACCACGCCAGAGUUUUGAUCACCCAAAGACACAUUGCUGUUGGUAAACAAAUUGUUAACAUCCCAUCAUUCACUGUCAGAUUGGACUCUCAAAAACACAUUGACUUUGCCCACAACUCUCCAUACGGUGGUGGUAGAGCCGGUAGAGUUAAGAGAAAGAACCAAGGUAAAGGUGGUGAAGAAGGUGCCGAAGAAGAAGAAUAA